AUGUUGAUCGCCUCCGAUAAUAUUAUCUCUUCUGCUACUGGAAUCCAGCAACGUGAUCCACUUGGUCCGCUACUAUUUGCGAUGGCUAUUGACGGGGUAGCUCGUUCCAUCGCUUCUCCUUUCAAUAUAUGGUAUCUUGACGAUGCAACGUUGGGAGAAUCCAUCGAGGCCGUAGCUGCUGACCUCCGACGAGUUAUUCUUGUUUUAUCUCUGCUUGGACUUGAGAUUAACUCGUCCAAGUCAGAGAUAAUAAACUUGAAUUAUAGUGCAGAUGAUUUCGAGAGUGCUAUCCGGGAUAUUAGACUCAUCCUUGAGGAUAUAAAAAUAACACCUAAAGAGGAAUUACACAUUCUUGGUUCUCCAGUCUUUCCAAUGGCCAUUCGAGAGUGUUUGGAUACUAAGCAUGUCAUUCUAAUAAGAAUGACUGAGAAAUUGCAACUAAUUGAUGCACACCCAGCCCUCUUCCUCUUGAAGAACAGUUUUUCGCUACCGAGUUCCCUCUACACUCUCCGAAGUGCCCCUUGCUACCUCGAACAGAAUUUCUUAAAUGAGAUAGAUAUCACAAUUAAGAGAUGCGCCGAGCUAAUUUGCAACGUUAAUUUCGCCGACACAGGGUGGAGGCAGGCAAAGCUCUCUUUGAGUUUCGGAGGCCUGGGCCUUCGAUCAGCGGUGAAAUUUGGCCCUUCCAGCAUAUCUUUCUUCACUUUCGUCCAGUCGCGAAUUAAUUGA